UUUUUUUUAAAAAUUUUUGUGAGGGUUUUUUUUUUUUGGUGAGGGUUUUUUUUUAAAAUUUUAUGUGAGGGUUUUAGUAAACAAAAAAAACUCCGACCUCCCAACACAAAUCAGUCUCUCUCCUCACAAGUCACAAACUUUCAAAAAGAAUGGAAGGUCUGACACACUCAGGCUUCAACCUCUGGUACCCAACUCUAAGACCUCCAUUACCAUCCACUUCUUCUUCUAAGAAAGACUUCAUCCACCGCAUUCCCAUUACAACCACCAUCACCACCACCACAAACGCCGCUACAAAUUCCGGCGUAUCGACGUCAUUUUCCGGCGCAUCCACGUCAUUUUCCGGCAGCAAAUGGGCUGACCGUCUUCUAUCCGACUUUCAAUUCUUACCCACUUCCACUUCUGACACUUCCUCUUCUUCUUCAGCUCUUACUUCAGUUCCUCCCUCCCUCUCUCCUCCUGACCGCCAUAUUUCUAUUCCCUUGAAUUUUUAUCAGGUGUUGGGAGCUGAGACCCAUUUUCUGGGAGAUGGGAUAAAGAGAGCUUAUGAGGGUCGGGUUUCAAAGCCUCCACAAUAUGGGUUCACCCAAGAUGUUCUUAUUGCUCGAAGACAAAUUCUUCAAGGUGCUUGUGAAACCCUUUCGGACCCCAAUUCUAGAAGGGACUAUAAUUUAGGUCUUUCUGAUGCAUUUGAAGAGACCAUUCUCUUUGAAGUCCCUUUUGACAAGGUGCCAGGAGCAUUAUGUGUGCUGCAAGAGGCUGGAGAAUAUGAACUCGUCCUUCAAAUUGGAGAUGUGUUGUUGAAAGAGAGAUUGCCCAAGCCCUUCAAGCAUGAUAUUGUGCUGGCAAUGGCUCUUGCCUUUAUUGACCUCUCGAGGGAUGCAAUGGCAUUGUCACCUCCUGAUUAUCUCUUUGGCUGUGAGGCCCUGGAACGAGCUCUAAGACUCUUGCAGGAGGAGGGUUCAAGUAGUCUUGCGCCGGAUUUACAAGCAGAGGUUGACGAGACAUUGGAGGAGAUCAGACCACGUUAUGUGUUGGAGCUUUUGGCUUUGCCUCUCAGUGAUGAAUUUCGGAAGAAAAGAGAUGAAGGCCUUCACGGUGUACGCAAUAUAUUAUGGUCUGUUGGAGGAGGUGGUGCCGCAGCUAUAGCUGGUGGUUUUACUCGUGAGGAUUUCAUGAAUGAGGCUUUUUUGCAUAUGACAGCAGCUGAGCAGGUUGAUCUUUUCACUGCCACGCCAAAAAAUAUUCCAGCUGAAAGCUUUGAAGCUUACGGAGUAGCACUUGCACUUGUUGCUCAAGCUUUUAUUGGCAAGAAGCCUCAUCUCAUUCAAGAUGCCAAUGACUUAUUUCGACAACUUCAGCAAACCAAAUUGAUGCCUUUAGCAGAUUCCAUAUCUUUAUAUACUACUCAAGAAAAUCGUGAGAAAGAUUUCGCGUUGGAAAGGGGUCUGUGUUCACUGUUGAUUGGGGACCUUGAUCAAUGUCGGACAUGGUUGGGCCUGGACAAUGAAAAUUCACCCUUCAGAGAUCCAUCAGUAGUGGAGUUUGUUCUGGAGAAUUCAGGGGAUUAUGAGGAUAAUGAUACACUCCCAGGACUUUGUAAACUGUUGGAAACCUGGCUCAUGGAGGUGGUUUUCACCAGAUUUAGGGAGACAAAAGGGGUUCAGUUCAGACUUGGGGAUUAUUAUGAUGAUCCUAUUGUUCUGAAAUAUCUAGAGAGGCUAGAGGGAGGAAGUGGGUCCUCCUUAGCUGCAGCAGCAGCAAUAGUGAGGAUUGGAGCUGGAGCUCAUGCAGUAAUCGAUAAUGUCACGACUAGUGUAAUACAGGCACUGCAGAAAGUAUUUCCUCCUAGCUCUGGAGAAGAACGCAUAACACGGCAAGAAGAUGUUGCAGUUAAUGGCUUUGGAAAUGAGGAUGUUACAAUGGAGCUUGGCCGUGAUAACACUUUAGAUUAUGUGAAUUUAGCCAGUUCAAAUUUUACUGAAGAUAAUAUCGAGCAAGAAUCGGUUACUGAGAAGAUAAAAGAUUUAGGUGUGAAGGUUAUGUGUGCCGGUGUGGUGAUUGGACUGACAACUUUGGCUGGCAUGAAACUUUUGCCUGGCAGAAGUGGGUCUGCCAUUCCACACAGGCAUCUUGGUUCUGCUGUGGCUUCUGAUGUCUCCAGUGUGGGGCUCUCAGUAAAUGAAACUACUGAGGAGAAAGUACCAAAAAUGGAUGCAAGACUUGCAGAAGUUCUAGUUAGAAGAUGGCAGAACGUUAAAUCACAGGCUUUGGGACCAAACCAUAGCCUCGAGAAGUUGUCAGAGGUUCUGGACGGAAACAUGCUUAAAAUUUGGGCAGAUCGUGCCAAGGAGAUAGCAGAGCGUGGUUGGUUUUGGGAAUACGCCCUAGUGAAUGUGAUUAUUGAUAGUGUGACUAUAUCCCUUGAUGGUAAACGUGCUACAGUGGAAGCAACUCUUGAAGAGUCAGCAAACUUGACUGAUGCUACUCAACCCGAGCACAACGAUUCUUACAGCAGAACUUAUACCACAAGAUAUGAAAUGUCUUGUUCCAAGUCCGGCUGGAAGAUCAUUGAAGGUGCUGUCCUCCAAUCUUAAGUUGCAACCAAUCUGUAAAUAUUUCUCCAUUAUCUUUUUUCCACAUUAGUUUGUUGGCCAUACUUGAUGAUGUUAUGUUAAUUUUUAUGCUAAACAAGUUUGGGUCAUUAUCUUAAUUAGCCUGUUGAUGUAAUGCAAGUAGUUAGCACAAACUCCUGAACUCUUUUAUGGUUCAACUGUUGGGUUGAAAUUUUGUGAUCAAUGGUUAUUUUGGUUUCGUGCUUGGCUGUGUAAA